GUCGACGGGCAGUGACGAGGAGUGACGUCGUUCUUCGCUUGUAAUGUAUAUAACAGUAUUGAAAUUGAAACAGGGCUUGUGGCUACGAGCUGUGACAGGGAGAAGCCGAAAGACUUGGAGUCCAAAUUAGAGGUCCAGUAAAUUUUACCUUUGGCCACAGAAUCUCUACAAUGGCAGAAAACUGCUCCGACAGUCAUGAAGUAACAUUUGACAAGCCCAAGGUUGAGCUGCAUGUGCACCUAGAUGGAGCCAUACGAUUGGAGACGAUCCUGGAUGUUGCAAAGAAGCGCGGGAUCCAGCUGCCGGCGCAGACGGUACAGGAAAUGAAGUCACUGUGCACUGUGGAGAAGCCCGCCACCCUGACCGAGUUCCUCUGCAAGUUUGAGCAGUACAUGCACGUCAUUGCGGGCGACCGGGAUGCCAUUAAAAGGAUCGCCUACGAGUUUGUGGAGACCAAAUCCAAAGAAGGGGUGGUCUAUGUGGAAGUGAGGUAUAGCCCACACUUUCUAGCUAACUGCAGCGUCGACCCCAUCCCCUGGAACCAAAAAAAGGGUGACCUUACCCCCGAUGAUGUGGUCAGCCUGGUCAACGAGGGCCUGAAGGACGGGGAGAGAGACUUCAACAUCAAAGCCAGGUCCAUUCUCUGCUGCAUGCGUCACAUGCCAACCUGGUCCAUGGAUAUCGUGGACCUGUGCAAGAAGUACCGUGACGACGGGGUGGUCGCAAUCGACCUGGCGGGGGACGAGUCGCUCAACUGCAAAGCUGACUCCGGGCACAAGAAGGCCUACGAGGAAGCCGUCAGAAGUGGAAUCCACAGAACUGUGCACGCUGGAGAGGUGGGACAGGCCUGUGUGGUGAGAGAGGCAGUGGAGGUUCUAAAGGCGGAAAGGAUCGGACACGGCUAUCACACCAUAGAGGAUGACGCACUCUACAAACAGCUGCUUGAAGACAACAUGCAUUUUGAAAUUUGUCCAAUUUCUAGCAAACUGACAGGAGCAUGCGACCCAGAUUUCACUAAACAUCCUCUCAUCAGGUUUAGAGAGGAUAAGGCCAACUAUUCCCUGAACACAGAUGACCCUAUGAUAUUUAACUCAACACUGCAUACGGACUACUGGACAGCAAAGAAGUACAUGGGCUUCACUGAAGAGGAGUUCAAAAGACUGAACAUAAAUUCAGCAAGGUCCAGCUUCUUGCCUGAGAAGGAGAAAAAGGACCUUCUUAACAUUUUGUACGAGGCCUACGGGAUGUUAGAGAAUACCAAAUUCUGAAGGAGAUGCUGAAAACAGCACAGAUACCCCACACUUUUAAUGAAUAUGCAACAAACCCCUGUUUGUGGAAAACUACAUUUCCCAGAAUCCCACUGUGCCCUCCGCACCCUCCUCCCAGACAGAACGUUACUGGCUGACUGCCUGAGAGACACAAGAAGUUUUCUUCAUACAUAAUGAUGUGAAGGAAAAAUUUACAACCAACCAAAUCUGUCAGCAUACACAUACAUCAUACAUGGUUGGUCAGUGCCAACCACUGCCAACAUUCCUGCAAAUACAAAUACAAAUCUCUGGUUAAAUUCUGCUUGACUUGUACACAGAAGCAUCUGAAUGGACUAUACAGAAUUCCAUUUAAUCUGGCCUAACUGAUUUUAAUUUUUUUUUAAGAAUUGUAUAAGCCAAUGAGAGUUAGUUGUAAACCAUUGAAUCAGUCAUUGAUUAGUCUGGACUGCAAACCAUUAACUAAUCCAAAGUUGAAACACAGUUAUUACAAUGGUCAUCUGUUGUUGUGGAUAUGCAUAUUGUGGCAGGCUCACGGGUGUGGGGUUUCCACGUCACCAAUUCGAUAACUAAACAAUCACACGAAACACGACUGGAGUGAAAUAGGGGGAUUUAUUUAGGGAAAAGUUACACAAGGAGGGGAAGGGGAAAUUCAGCAACCAAUCCAAAGUCCACAAUCCGUUCUCGUUGUCCUUUUCCGUAAUCCAGGGAUAUCCAAAAAAACCAGGUCCUCAGCCGAAACAGUUCGGUACACAGCGGGGUUUGUCAAACAGUCCGGGUCACAACAGGUAAUCACACAGAUAUUUUUAGCUCUUACUCACUCUCCACAACACGCGUUUCCCUCACGGUACUUUGCACCGUUUGUGCACUCCGCUUCCCCUUUUAUCCCUCUGCACUUAAUGACUUAAUUAAGUCCAGGAUUGCCUCGUUGGGGCAGGAAGUCCAUAUAAG